GCUGGGAUAACAGAUUCGAUCCACAGCAAUCCGCAGUCGCACAGAUCUAACUACAGUCACACCGUUCUGUCACAUACUAGCAUUUCUCCCCAGGCUCCCUGGCAUCCUCUCACACUUUCCCUGGCCAUAAUAUAUGCACAUCGCACUGGGUACUUUGGACGGGGCUGGGAAUGGGUUGGUGCUUGUGUGUGUGUGUGCGUGAGAUGUAUGUGCGUGUGGUUAGCUGGCAUGUGAAUGGUGUCCCUGUUCGCAGCCAGAGAUGGGCGAGGGGGCUUGGGGAGGCAUUGGGCAGUUCUCUUUGGUGGACACCCUCACCCUCACCCUCACAGUGGUCGCAGGCAUCGCUGCGGCUUCCAUCUUUCUCAUUCCCAUCGAGGUUGAUAGGUCGUUGAGAAAUGCGAACUUGAUCAUUCCGAUUGUGAGUUUGAUAAGUAGACACAUGUACAUAUACUCAGAUAUAACAGGAGUGUGUAAAAUCACACGCCUGCGUGUUCUGAGGAGAAGUAAGGAAAGCCAUUCAUGUGAAGGUGGGGGGGAGAAUGUUACUCUUGCAAUCCAGUAGAGGUUAGUCACUUGUGUGUCAAUGAGUGUGCAACGCUAGGUCAUCUUGCACGGCGGUUGGCGCUUCCCACCUAUCGACGAUGCUUCUAGAUCGACACCCUCAAUCAGCACGAACGCACAAUGACGCGACGAUUCACCAUCCGUGACUUCCAGGGAUGUUAAUGCAUUACAAAACGAUACAAUAUGAAUAGGGGACGUUUGGUUCGAUAGUUUGCAGGGUCCCAAGCCAAACAUGACAACAAUCUAAUCUCGAAGGGCAAUUUGUUCGAAAGUUCUGCGGAAGAAAAGCGCUUGCGCACAAACUAAGGUAUGGUCCCUGAGCUUUAGCCUCCUCUCUCUCUCUCUCUCUCCUUGUUGUGGACACCUGGAAUGGAGAUGGUGGCAGGAACG